ACAACUAUGUGUGUAUGGGAAUUUGAAAAACUGUUCUCAAAGACACAUAAUUCUUCCACUGUAUUUGAAGAGAACAAAUAUGAGAUACAGAGAAAAAACACAUUAUUUAAAGAAGAAUGUUUCCUGGAGAUGAAUGAGGAUGCAAGAAGAGUUGAGCAUUGUGAUGGAAAUCAAAAAAGAAUUGCAAACUGUGAAAGAAAUACAGUUAAUUGCUGCUUGAAAAGAUGUAAACCUGUAGAGACAGAAGUAAUAAUUCCACAAAGAGAAGACCCAUCUUAA